AUGAGAAAGCAAGCUACCGGCAAGCAAGUGACCAGCAAGCGAGCGACCGGCAAGCGAGCGACCGGCGAGCGAGCGACCGGCGAGCGAGCGACCGGCGAGCGAGCGACCGGCGAGCGAGCGACCGGCGAGCGAGCGACCGGCGAGCGAGCGACCGGCGAGCGACCGGCGAGCGAGCGACCGGCGAGCGAGCGGCAGGCGAGCGACCGGCAAGCGAGCGACCGGCAAACGAGCGACCGGCAAGCGAGCGACCGGCAAACGAGCGACCGGCGAGCGAGCGACCGGCGAGCGAGCGACCGGCGAGCGAGCGACCGGCGAGCGAGCGACCGGCGAGCGAGCGACCGGCGAGCGAGCGACCGGCGAGCGAGCGACCGGCGGGCGAGCGAGCGGCCGGCGGGCGAGCGAGCGGCUGGCGAGCGAGCGACCGGCGAGCGAGCGACCGGCGAGCGAGCGACCGGCGAGCGAGCGACCGGCGAGCGAGCGACCGGCGAGCGAGCGACCGGCAGGCGGACCAAAUAUUUUCACCAGCUGACAGUGUAG